CUACACAUCCGAAAGUCCCGAUCCAAGUCAAUAGUGGGGUACCUAAUAUUCUCCAUUCCCCGCGGCCAGUUCCGCACCCCUGACUUUGACCCCGCCAUUCCGCCCUUAUCCGACCCCUCAUUUCUAAGCUUCCCUCCACCUGGACACGGAGAAAUACCUUGUCCCAUCUAAAGUCUUGCGUGGAACGCCAAACACAUUAGACUUUCCAAUUUCUCCGAUUCCGAUUCUCUCCUUCUCCUUCUCCUUCUUCUCUUCUUGUAAAGUUUCUCCGUAUCAGAUAAUACAAGCAGUACUUCUCAAUUCGUACCAGCUCCUGCAGUGUAUCGUACCGGACUUUCAAAUACACAACCAAAAUCAAACAACGAGAUCAUCGAGAUUUGCCUCUAGGUUUAGGGAAGGAAAUACCGCAAAAAUGGCAGGCAAAACCAUCCGCGUUACAAUGUUCAAGAUCCCCUCCAAGGAGAACCAGCAGAAGCUCUUGGGAUUAUAUAAAAUUCUCAGCCAGACUGCGAAGAAGGACGGAUCCCCCUACAUCCUCUCCCUCGAAGCCGGGCCCGCACACGAUGACGUGAGAUCCCAAGGCUACACGCUGAUUGCGAAGAGUGAGUUUGGGAGUUUGGAGGACAUGAAGUUUUAUGAUGAGGCGUGUGAGGCGCAUAAGGAGUUGAAGGUGAGUUGACUGGGUUUGCUUCUGUUUAUGUUGGGGUUUUGAGGGAGCGAGGAGAAUGGCAGUGGGAAGGGAUGGUGGUUUGGUUGAGGAGGGGGAGAGGGCAGAUCUAAGGAAAUCUGUGUCGGAGAUAUAGUCAGGGCCGGAUGGCACAAGCAAAUAGAGGGAGAGAGACGGGAAAGGGGAGAUUUUAGAUAAUAAGUGCUAACUUGUGAUGAUGAAUAGGCUGGUGUGAAGACUCUUGGUGUUGAGGGUAUUAUGACGGUUUACUUCAACCCGCAAGUAUCGGCCAGUGUUUAAGGGAGUGUGCGGAUGUGGAGGAAUAUGAGAAAUAGAAUGAGAAACGCGACGAAAGAUAUAAGGUCUACGUUCAUGAGAUACGAUAGUUGGUUGAAGUGGCGCUGACAUUGCUUCUGUUGCUUCCGAGACUUUCACUCUUGUGAUUUAAAGAGGCAUGUGUUGCCUUCCCACGGUGCCAGUGUUCACCAGCUAUCUUUUGGUGAGUGCGUGAGUGCUUGAGUGAACGAGUCAAGAAAGGAAUUGCUGUAUUGUAGUGUUUUUCUAGGUAAUUGUGAAAAGUGAGU